GCUAGCAAAAUGUUUAGUGUGAGUGCUAGCUUGCUGCAUUUCUCUACGAAUUUGGAUGGUUUAAUUGGACGGAUCUUUUGAUUGGCAAUUAUUUGACACUUCUGAUUUGAAUCUGGUUCCAGCGUAGUGUGGUUAGUCUAUAUAUGUGUAAAGCCGACAAGCUUUGAGCCAGAUAAAGAGCUGCUGUACUAGUAUACAGUAGUGUAGCUUGCUAGAGCUAGUUAAUGCACACGCAACGCAGAUAAGCUAUUGCUCCGUUACUGUAUCUGAGCUAGCUAACACUAGCUUUAAGUUCCAUACUAGCGAGCGAGCUACGUUGCUAACUCGCUUUAUCUGACGUUGCCGUUACUGUAGCUACCAUACUAUAGUUGUAACAGUACUGUACUAGCUAGCUAUAGGCUUAACAUGAACCCAUUAUUUGCAGAAAAUACCAAAAUGGGGCGAUGAUUAUGGCUAGGUUUAACACAGCCACGUAGAUAGUUAAUCUACUGCAGUUUACCAAUAUUACAAACGAAGGUUUUGGUUACAUAUUUUGGCAUUCGUGUUUUUAACUAACUAGAGCUAGGUACAGUAGUGUAUUAGCUAGGUGAAAUACAGAUGGCGUUUCAUUGUAAAUCAACGUAGGAAAGAAAGCUAUAUGAUCUGUUUCCUCAAACUAUUUGGAUUUUGACUGCAAUGUUCAGUCUGAUGGCGAAUUGUUGCAACUGGAUGAAACGCUGGCGUGAGCCUGCAAGGAAAGUGACGCUGGUCAUGGUGGGGCUCGACAAUGCAGGGAAAACCGCCACCGUCCGAGGGAUCCAAGGAGAGAGUCCAGAGGACGUAGCUCCCACUGUGGGCUUCUCAAAGGUGGACCUGAAGCAGGGCAAGUUCGAAGUGACCAUCUUUGAUCUGGGCGGAGGCAAGAGGAUCCGGGGCAUUUGGAAGAACUACUACUCAGAGUCGUACGGCGUGGUGUUUGUGGUGGACUCGAGCGACGUGCAGAGGAUACAGGAGACCAGGGACACCAUGGCUGAGGUCCUCAGACACCCGCGCAUCGCUGGCAAACCUGUCCUGGUGCUGGCCAACAAGCAGGAUCGGGAAGGGGCAUUGGCCGAGGCGGACAUUAUUGAGAACCUGUCACUGGAGAAGCUUGUGAACGAGAACAAGUGUCUCUGUCAGAUUGAGCCUUGCUCGGCCGUAUUAGGCUAUGGCAAAAAGGUGGACAAGUCCAUCAAGAAUGGCCUAAAUUGGCUGCUCAACAAUAUCGCCAAGGACUACGAGGCCAUCACUGAGCGUGUGCAGAAGGACACUGCAGAGCAGAGAGCCAUGGAGGAACAGGAGAAAAAAGAGAGGGCAGAGAGAGUACGGCGUAUAAGAGAGGAGAGGGAUAGGCUAGAAAAGGAGGAGGCGGAGCAAGAGGGCAGGCCCAUCCAGGUGGAGGAGCCUAAUGAUGGCAACAUGCCCAGCCCAUUUCAGCCAAUCAUCAGCGUGAUCUCUGAGAAUGAAGACAAACAGAAGAUGGAGAAGAAGAGGUUGCAUGAGACACAGGAGGGUGGUGUCAACCGGCCAAGGGGCGAGGAGGAGGAGGAGGAAGACGAGGAGGAGGAGCCUGACAGUGAGAGACAAACGCCAGAGAGCAUUGGUACAGCUUCAGGCGACCAGACCAAGAAGAAGACCAGGAAGCUCCGUCUGAAGAGGAAGCACAGGGUGGACCCCCUGAGGGCAGAUGAGGGGGCUCCCGAAAGCCCCACCCCUCCACCCCCACCUCCAGUCGGCUGGGCUACUCCCAAAGUUUCUAGGCUGCCUAAACUGGAGCCACUGAUGGACACAAGACGUUCUGACUUCUAUGGAAAGCCCCUCCCCCCUGUCGCGAUCAGGCAGCGUCCGAACAGUGACACUCAUGAUGUCAUAUCCUAACCCUGCACCCCCUCCAUACCUGACAGUUCACUGACCCUACCCAUAUCCCCCGAAUCACAGCUCUCUUCUUUGGUUUCUGUUCAAAGUGCGUGCUGUAUAGAAAAUGGCUCGCCAACCGAAGAAGGCUUGAGAUGCGACGGCCAAUCAACGUGGAGCUGAUGGUUCAGUUGAGAAGCAAAGGAUGUGAACCGAACAACAUAGUUUACCAGACUGAUAAAUGCAGUUCAGAACAUGGACUUCAAUGCUGAAAUUGCUCAAAUAUUUUUUACUGUUUAUAUCAGUAUUAUUGUACACUAAACUCUAACCCAUCUCUUUAUAACAUAUGUUUACACCAAGACACAGAAUGUUAAUGUCAAUUAUAAAUGUACAUUUAUUUGUUUUGUUUGUGUACAUCAGAUGUUGAAUGGUAUGUUGUUGCAUAAAUGUGUAUACUGUCGAAAUCAUCCAUUUACUAUUAAGCUAACGAUAUAUGCUUUUGAAUGAUACUUUAAAUAUAUUUUGUAUUGUGCUUUUUUUUGCACACAAUUUUUGCAGAAGCUGGAUAUUGCUGGCAUAUAAGACAUUUUCUAUAAUAAAUAUUAGAUACAUGUAAAACAAUAUAUAUUAUCAAGAGGAUCAUACGAAAGCUACGGAGUUGUGCUGAGUAUGAGGGCCUUUCUUACUAAACUCUUGUUUGCUUGUUACUGUGCUUUCUACUGUGGUUUCAUAGCCCCCAAUGUUCAGACUGUCGUACUUCACCUAAGUGAGUAUUGAAUUACCAGCUUUAUCUUAUAGCAGUUCAUAAGCUGUGCAGCAAAUAUUGUUUGCAGACACUAAGGGCUACAACCACCCAUUUUCUUUGAGGAAUAUUACAUUUAAAGAGACACCGUCUUGUAUGCUGAAAGGGAUAGGAUCAUGCAGAAACUCUAACAUUUACUCCUUAAUGCUGCAAAACAAUGUAAAUGGUAAAUCUGAGGUGUAAAAAAUAUGGAAUAUUUAAAAAAGAAAAAUACUUUUUGAAUAAUAUUUUUAUGCUUAUUACUAAACCAGCAAACCCAUCACAGUUAACUGUUUCUUAUUAUUUUGCUGUAGAAUAUUUAAAUUUUAUUUUACUGUAUUACUAUCAGUAAAUACAUUCAAUGUCAAAUAUUGUAUCGGUUUUUACAUAAAUUCCAAGUUCUUAAUUGAGACUACAAAUACAUGUAGUCUACCAAUAUCUCAUUUUACUGUCUAGCCUUACUUCGCUUCAUAGUUACUUACAGCAGGCCGUCUCUGAUUAAAUAGCAAGUUUUCUUGCAUUUGUAUGGUUUUAUUUUAUACCUUGUUUGAAUUUUGUUACAAGAAUAAAAGAAAACGUCGAGACGUGUGUCAAUAA